UGGAAGUGACGCAAUGACGCACGUUCCCAGCCCCUACAUGUGAGCCUGUGAAACCCCGCGCCUCUCUCUUUUGCCACCAUGGCGGACCGCUUUCAGAAGGUGCUUCUGAUUGACGGGCGGGGUCACCUGCUCGGUCGUCUGUCGGCUAUCGUUGCCAAGCAGAUCCUAAUUGGUCACAAAGUGGUAGUUGUACGAUGUGAGGGAAUCAACAUCUCGGGCAACUUCUACAGGAACAAGCUGAAGUACCUGGCCUUCCUGCGUAAGCGUAUGAACACCAACCCGUCGCGCGGGCCGUACCACUUCCGUGCGCCUAGCCGCAUCUUCUGGCGGACCGUGAGAGGCAUGGUGCCCCACAAGACCAAGCGGGGCCAGGCCGCACUGGAUCGCCUGAAGGUGUUUGACGGGAUCCCGCCGCCCUAUGACAAGAGGAAGCGCAUGGUUGUUCCGGCUGCCCUCAAAGUCGUCCGUCUGAAGCCCACACGCAAGUUUGCAGUACUGGGCCGCCUGUCCCAUGAAGUGGGCUGGAAGUACCAGGCAGUGACUGCUACCCUGGAGGAGAAGAGGAAGCAGAAAGCCAAGCUGCACUAUGAAAAGAAGAAGAAAACAGUGACGCUGCGCAAAAAGGCUGAGAAGAACGUGGAGAAAAAGAUCUGCGCAUACACAGCGGUGCUGAAGCAGUACGGUGUCCUCAUAUGAGGUGUUUUGGUCAACCUGUAUUGUUAAUACAUCUUGAGUCAAUGA